AUGUGGAAUGAUGACCAGCAAAGUGGUGGGUCUAAGGCAUCCAGCAUCCCUGUAGGCCUUGAAGAUUUUUUGGUUUCUCAUUUGAGGCUUCCAACUCCCGAGAAGCCCUCUGAUCAAGACAAGGUGGAGGAGGGUCAGGUGAUGAAAAACGAGUCCCAAGAAUCACCUAGCCAACAGGGACCGGUGGCGCCACAACCACCUGCAACCAUCGAACCACAAAAUGAUGGAGAUAUAGACCAUGAGUUCCUUGCAACACUUCCUCCAGACAUCCGGGCAGAAGUUUUGGCACUGCAACAUGCACAAGGGGCUCACCAAGCCCAAGAAUUGGAAGGUCAACCCGUGGAGAUGGAUAUUGUAUCAAUAAUAGCCACAUUCCCUUCAGAACUAAGGGAAUAG